AUGUUCCUUUUUGUUAAAUACAUAAUUUUUACACUUUUUAUCGUUAUCAACUACAAUUUAACACAUGGUCGGAUAGGACAUUUCAAUCAAUUUAAACGAUUUGAUACUGGUCUUCUAUCAGAAGGCUUACCAAUGUGGCUAGAAAAACGUGAGAAAUUUGAAGCUCCCUAUAGCUAUGACAGUAUUUCAAGGGCACUGAAAGAUCGUAGUAAUGUGGAACUCGAUGAACUAAACCGAAUUAUCAGUUACAGCAACAUUAACCAUCCUUUCUUAGAAUAUUUUGAUAGUGAAUUAAAUCCAAGUGUUUAUUCUGAUGAUAUAAUAAAUCGUGAUAUGAGAGCUAAACCUGCUUUUGAAGCGAUAAGUGGUUUACAAAAUAAUGGAUUACGAUCUUAUAUGAAUUGGCAACCUGCAAUCAUUGGUUCAGUUUGUGCAGCAUUGGGUGUAUUGGUGAUAGCAGCAAUGGGUACAGCAUAUCAGAAGCGUAAACUAUGGAAGCAAGCCCGCUUGAGUCAAGAUGAAGAAUUUACAUUAGAGAAUUCAAAUUUACCAGACAAAAUGAUGUCACUUGGUUCAGAGGAUGAUCGUAAACUUGCACAAUCAGCACAAAUGUAUCACUAUCAACAUCAAAAGCAACAAAUGUUAGCUCUAGAAAAAGUUAAUGAUCAUACUAGAAUAAGUGAUGAGGAUGACAGUGAAGAUGAUGUGGAUGAGGGAGAUUUCACAGUUUAUGAAUGUCCAGGGCUUGCUAAUACUGGUGAAAUCGAAGUCGAAAAUCCUUUCUUCGAUAAUAAUAAUAAUAAUAAAGAAAAGAAUAAUAACGAUAAUAAUAAUGAUAAUGCUGGAGAGAAAGCGUUGAAUACAAGUGGCAGCUCAGGUGAAUUGAUUGGUUGCAGUGAUUUAGAUGAGCACAUUAGUGACUGUGUCAAUAACGGAUUUGCCGACGACUUUAGUAGUCUAACAACAAAUACCACCACCAACGGAGAAGUAACGUUGAUCACGACAACUACAACCAUUGUAUCAACACCAAUGCAAUCAGAGAAAUCACAGGCAGCUAGUAAAUAA